UAAUUCGUUUCUUUUCCUAGUGACUUUGUAUGGAGUCUUCACAAUCCACUUCUCUCCAAAUGUGCCGUCUCGCUGUCUGCUGCUUGAGCUCCUGGAUGUCAGCGUUUCAGAAUUGCUCUUAUAUUCCAGUCACCAGGGCUGUUCCAUGUGGAUGAUACAGCACUGUGCCAGAGAUGUGCUAGAGGCCCUUGCUUUCCUUCAUCGUGAGGGUUAUGUCCACGCAGACCUCAAACCACGUAAUAUACUGUGGAGUGCAGAGAAUGAAUGUUUUAAACUCAUUGACUUUGGACUUAGCUUCAAAGAAGGCAAUCAGGAUGUGAAGUAUAUUCAGACAGAUGGGUAUCGGGCUCCAGAAGCAGAACUACAGAAUUGCAUGGCCCAGGCUGGCCUGCAGAGUGACACAGAGUGUACCUCCGCCAUUGACCUGUGGAGCCUCGGCAUCAUUUUACUGGAAAUGUUCUCAGGAAUGAAACUGAAACACACCAUCAGAUCUCAGGAAUGGAAGGCAAACAGUUCUGCUGUCAUCGAUCACAUAUUCGCCAGUAAAGCAGUGGUGAAUGCCGCAAUCCCAGCCUAUCACCUAAGAGACCUUAUCAAAAGCAUGCUGCACAACGACCCGGACCGGAGAACCCCUGCGGAGGUGGCUCUGGGCAGCCCCUUCUUCAGCAUUCCUUUUGCCCCUCACAUCGAGGACCUGGUGAUGCUCCCAACCCCGGUGCUGAGGCUGCUCAAUGUGCUGGACGGUGACUACCUCGAGAGCGAGGAGGGGUACGAAGAUGCUGUAGAAGAUGUGAGGGAAGAGUGUCAGAAGUAUGGGCCGGUGGUAUCUUUGCUGGUUCCAAAGGAGAGCCCUGGCCGAGGACAGGUCUUUGUUGAGUAUGCAAAUGCUGGGGAUUCCAAAGCUGCACAGAAGUUGCUGACAGGAAGGAUGUUUGAUGGGAAGUUCGUUGUGGCCACGUUCUACCCACUGAGUGCCUACAAGAGGGGGUACCUGUAUCAGACCUUGCUUUAAUCAGCCACCAUGGGAGACGUCCUGUUUCUCUUCUUCCACUUUCUGGGUUAUUGUAUUCUCACCCAAAGGCAGGAGCACCCCUUCCUGCUGUGAGGGGACCUUGUACAUGUGUUUCACCUGCUCACGUGCGGCUGUUGCUCAAGCUGUGCCUGCACUGCAGACAUGGGCCACCAAGCAGGACGGGGCCUCUCCUGCUGCGUGCAGCCUCAGACCCUCAUUAUUGCAUGUGAUCGUGAGGCAGGAGUGGCGGAGUGGUGAUGUCACCUGCACAGCCCUCCUCUGUUGUCCAUGUCCUUGGUGGGCACUGGAAGCUCUGGUGUUGCCUACUUGUCCCACACUGAGUCACAGAUCGUGGAGAAGUCCUGUAGUGCUGAGUAGUCCUCUAAAGAAACUGCAGUGAGCCGAUCUACAUGAUUUAAAGUAAGGCUUUUAAGCUAGAAAGCUGAUACUUGAUGUUGCACAACCUUUUGUCUGGUGUGUUUGCUGGAGUGAUUGCAGGCAUGAGAGAGAAAACCUGAGUUGGGUUCUUUUCCUGUGAGUCCUGUGAGUGGAUCCCACCCACACCCACCUCUUCCUUACCUGUGUCAUACCUGUAACAUUCAGAGUGUAAGUUUUUUGAGAGUUGGCCUGUGUGUUAGAAGGUAAAUGAGAAAUUAUUUCAUUUCUGAGGCUCAGAACAAAUGAGUCUGGGCUGGGUUCUGUUGAAAUCUCUUAAUUUAGUGGUUGGAUCAGAAGAAUAGUUCUGCCUUGUGUGGCUGCCCACUGUCUGCAUCAGACCCUUGUGUGAGCUCAUCUCUAUUGAAUCUGUGAUCACUGUUAGCUUCCUCAAGGUGUAGUUCUCCCUGCUGUGAUGGAAAACUGUAGUGGUCAAAAAAGGAGUUUGCUGUUCAGUGAAGGGAAAAUAAAAAACAGUUGACAGAGGGUAGGUGACCAAGAGGUCUUCUGUUCCUGCUUCUCUCCCCUCCCCCAUCUCUGCCCCCUCCUUCCUUCUCUGAUGAGAAGCCAGAGGAACCUCGUCUUACGUGUUCUGGUUUGGAAGACAAGGGAGUUAAGAAAGGUGUAGCUGUUCAGGUGGAAGUCAGAAGGAAGGAAAACUGCUGAGUAGAGGGUGCUGGGCUGAGGUCGGGGACACGGGUGAUCACAAUUUCCUGUCACUUUAUGGUAGAUUGUCUUUAACGGUUUAAAAUGUAGGAAACCUUUAUAAAGCACUGAUUGUACAAAAAAUAGUAGUGUACAGAGUAUGCAUUUUUUUGUUUCCUUACCUAAAUGAGAUUGCUAUUUAUUUAUUUUUUCCUAAGGAAGUGGUCUUGUGCAUCUUUCCCGCUGGAAGCCUCCUGUGUUUCCAUGCAGGCCACUGAGAGCCAAAUGCAACUUACAUUCAGAGGGUGAAUUCUGUUCCCUGUUUAAGAGCGAUGGACAGUUCAGUUACUGGCUUACCCAAUUAUCUAGGCUCUUUCUUAAUAUUAUUGUGAAGCCAAAUCUGGUAUAAUGGGCCGGUUUAUGAAUUGCCAAGGCCUGUGGCAUGGUCCCCGGGGGAAGGUACACAGGGAGCUUUGCACGUGUGUCUGUAGAAGGAAGAACUACGAGUUUUCCUUUUGGCCCUUCCAGAGGUUGAUCAGCUGACUUGUUUUCAAAUACCAAUUCAAGAGAGUAUAACCAGUGUGGUGGAGACCUGAGCAUUCCUAGAACAGUGUGUGUGGGUGGCAGCUUCCACUGUGAUUACAAACACCAGGGUUCUUCCGUACAUAAAGAUGAACGCAGAAUACAAGGGACUUCUUUUCAAGGGCAAGUAUUCUAGGGAAGCACGUGUACCCCGCCAUCAAAAACCAAAUUCUUAGAAUAUUGCAGGUGGGCUUCCAGGCUUAGUGAUGCAGGAGGCUGGCAACGUCAGUGCUGCAUCUCAGCGUUCUUCAGUUAUCGCCUUAGUGCUGUGUAUUCAAACAUGUAUGUGGUGUUUAACACUAGGAUUUUAUUACAGAAGAUGCUAACUAGGUUAUGAGGGGCUGAGGGAAUACUCGAUGAGCCUAAGUAACCAUUUAUUGAAUUAAGUAUUUUAUAUUAAAGUCAUAAAGUUGAAAAACGAUGCCUCCUAUGAUUUAAAUUAUUUUAUUUCCUAGCUCUUAGCCCAUUACUACCAAAGAUAUUUGUAGGUUCUCCCUCUUCUCACAUGAUUAGAAGUUCAAACUUAGUAUCUUUCUUAAACUUCAACCAAACACAUCCACAGAGAUUUAGAUCCUUUGAAAUUAUUAAAAGCCUAGAAAUUUUCUUUUUGAGAGUUCAGGGUGAGGGGUCAUUACUUAGCCCUUACCCUUUUGGGAAAGUUUGAUCUCAGGUAGUUCUUUCCUGAAUUAGUAUCUGUGCUUUUCCUUCCCUCUCCCUCCCCAGUUUCUUCUCCAUUGUUCAUGGUGUCCUGGUGGAUUUCUGCCCAGACAAAGCCUGUGAAUUGGUUUGUCUAGGGAUUGUUUUGAUGGUUUGCAGAGACAUUUUGGAGGUUAGUAGGUAGCACCUCCUAGCGUGGAAGCCUCUGAGAAGACAAGCAUGAGGCAGCACUGGCUGUGGAUGGAGACGAAACCAGCUUCUGCAGUGGAGGGUGCAUCUUGCCUGGUGUCCUCCUGUGGGCAGCCCCACAGCGCUGAGAGCUCCCUCUGCUGGGCCUGGUGCAAAGCUGCGGCUGCUGCAGAGCAAGCCCCAGCCUGGAGGAGCGUCUUCUGGAGGCGGGUGCUGGGAAUUCAAAGAUUGUUGGAAAGGUCCAUUAUACUAGGUUUAUAUUUAACCUUUGAGCAAAUUUAUUUUAAGGAAUGCUGCUAGAAACAUUGCUGCCAUGGGGAGGAGACUGCUCCGAGGUGAUUCCCUUCUCAGUACCUCGGGCUUCCCGUGCUUGCCCACCAGGCCAACUCUGGAAUGAGUCACAGCACUCACCUGGCUCGGCUUCAGCUUGUCAUCAAAUGCGGGACUUGGACAUUUUGGCCUCAUUGUCGUCUUAGGUUUUAUUUUUGACUUUAUGAAGUUAAACCUGUCUUACGUAAUUACUAUCAGUUACACCUGGCAGUGUGACUUUUUUUGUACUUUAAUGAAAACCAAUACCGUAGUAGCUGGUAGUAAUGUAACAGUUUCUGGGGGAGGCGCUCAGGAACCUAGGGUGUCAUGCUGGGGUAUGUCUGGGUGGCUUUGUUCAGGGUAGGGCGCAGAUGGGAUCCCCUCAGACUUAGUUUGUGAGUGAGCGGGUGUCAGAGGUUUAAGCAAGUGCCUUGUUUCCUGGAAAACAUUGAAACUCAUUUGCAUGAAAGCUUCCCAGAUGGGGACAAUUAACUGCACUCCCCUGGCUUUUCCUUGGAAUAACUUUGGGUGGAGUCACAGAGUAAAAAGUCCAAUAUUUCCUUGGUUUACCUUUGUGUGUGUAACACUAUUUAUAUUUAAUUUCCCAUAAUAUUAUGCUUGGUAGAAAGCCAGAGCUACCUGGUAGAACCUGAUUCUUCCUUGGAUCUAUUUCCAUUUCUUAUAUUAGGCCCCUCCCAAUCCUGUCCCGCUAGUUCUCUGAUACAGUUCAUGUCUCUCUUGUUAGGUGUGCUCACAUCCAGACCAGCCCAGCUCACAUUUCUUCUCAAGGUGCUCAGUGCAUCACCUUCACAUUGAGGGGGCAGUCUUUUCAUGCUAGUCUGGCUCACUGUCUUUUUCAGUGAGGAUGAAACGCUGCAUCUGCAGGCCAGGGAGCCCUCUGAGCAGUGCGCCGGGAUAGUUCCAUUUUCUUAGCUGCAGGGAGCGUGGGCAUUUUAGUUUCUGAAGCACUGGAAUUUGGGAGAUUUUGUUUUGCUUUGUUUAGGUUAGAUUAGCUACUUACCUGGCACGGGGAUGAUCAUAUCUGUUGUCUCAUGUUUUAUGUUAGACUGUUGUUUAACUUGCAGGAUGACCAGUGGAUUCACACAGUGGUGCACCGUUGACAAGUACUGUGGGUAUUUAAAAAGAAGGCAAAACAAUUUUAACUAUUUUUGCUGCAAUUUUAUAGGAGCAAUGGUCUGUAAAAAAAAAAAAAAAGUAUCUGUAAACCAGAGGGCAUUUAGGAAAUUUUAUGUUUUAUAGGUGGCCAUCAAGGUGACAGUCAGGAUUAUAAGGUAUAUUGUUUACACAACCACUGUUUUUCAGAUAAACUUUCAUUUAUCUUCCUGCAGCUCAGCACUUUGGUUGUUUCUUGCUGUGCUUUUAUGAGGAUUGACGUUUUAAAUUUGAUUUACUUGUGCUUUUUAGAGAGUUGUCAUAAUCAUGGCAUAUAUGUUUGUGGCUCCAUAAAUUGUGGAAUUUAGGGAAACUUAUCAAACUACUGCCCGAGUGUUAUCUCCACUGAGUAGAGUGGCUGUCACAGUCUGGGGAGCCAGGUGUGCUUCCUGACCUAUGUUUGUAGCAGUUUCAGUGCAAGGCAGAGAGAAGCAUUUUGUCUUAUUUUCCUUAAUGACCAUUAAUCCUUGUGCAGAGAAGAGCUUAUUUUGUUAAUGAAAAUAAGUCACAUUCUGGAUAAAAAGAAAAACCCAAACUGAAUUGUUAAUUCUUCUGUUCCUUUUUGGGAAACCUGUGUAAACAUCAGAGUUGUAAACUCUGAUUGUCAGCAAGAGAAUUAUUUGUAGGAACUUUCAUAUCCCGGGUUGGAAUCGUCUUCUGCUGCUAGGUGAUCCCCUGAAAUAGUGUGAUGUCAAGACAGUGUGUGUGCAGGGGCAGGGCGUAGCAUUGGGCAUGCGCACACAGGUCCCUGCUGUGGUGUGAUUUUGUGCAGCUGCAUUUGUACUGGUGUGGCUGUCAGAACUCUGCCGUUCAAGAGCAAGGAAGAGAAAGAUGAGUAAUAGCAACAGUGGUGAGGGGAGGAAAUGGCUUCCUUGCUGGUAUCACUGACCUUCCAUAGAGUUUAUGAUCUAAAAAUGAGACUUCAUCUUUCAAGCCCAGGCUUGGGUCCUAUAGCAUAGAAGCAUUGCCUUUCCUACACAUUCCUCAUUGUCGUUUACCCUAAAAGUUAUUACAAGAGUGUGUGGAGCCAGAUUGAAAACCAUACUCAGUUUGGUCUAAUUUUUAAAAAUAAGUAUUUGAAGCCCAGCUUUUGUGCACUCGGUGCACGUCAGUGCUCAUGUGAACCAGGUGAGGAUGGACCCAGGACGGGCCUGUCUCGAGCUCCCUGUGUACUGCAGGUGGUGGCGCCUCAUGGCGGGAGCCAUGCUGGUUUAUUACGAGAGAGCUGAGCUGCCCAUCUGUAGAACAGCUGCUUUGCAGAGCUGCCACACCUUUCUGCAGGGUUUACUCCAUCAUUUUUUCAUUCUUUUCAAAAAACCUAGUAAUUUGACAUUCCUUUAUGUGCUCUCAACAGCGUCCAGUCUCGAGUGGGAGGACUUUCCCCAGAGAGGCCUCUCUGUCCUCUUUGGUCACGCGAGAAGCCCAGUGUGAUUGUAGGUUGUCACGGCAUGUGGCUUCCUGCAGCAACACUGGAGUGCUUGGCUGUGAAUGUCAGACCCGCUCCUGUGUUCCCUCAGUAACAUGUACUUGCUGUGUUUUUGAUAAGAAUGUAUGGCUGGGAAAAAUGUGGAAGAUCACAAAGCCUGUGGGGUUACCUUUGCCGGAGAUCUACAGGACUGCUGCGUGUGACUGGUUGCCCGCAGGUUUCUGCUGAGGGGUUCCCUGGUGCCCUUGGCAGUUCCGGCACUUGGUCUCUGUUCUUGGUGACAUCUUGUUUCUGCGUUGUUUUUCAUGACUACGUGGGGCUGUGAGUGUCACUGUGAUCAGUGCCCAGAAGUUCUUUUCUCAGAUCCCCAGUUCCUAUUAAGUCUUUGAAAACUGUUUUUCUUGCUGAGUAGCAAAGAGCCUUUAUUUUCCACUUUCCUGCGUAUGGAGAAAGUAUGGGCUGUGUUCCAGUCAAGUGUAUGGUGUGUAGUUUUUGCUGAAACCUGUGAACACAAUUGCCUUGCUCAGUUUUGUUGUAAACUGACUCUCCACAAGGUGAUGCACUGUUGACAUGCUUCCCGAUGUGUGUUUGAUGAGGGUGAUAAAAUAAAGCUUCAAAAUGAAG